AACAGUAGAGGAAAAGCCGCUUGACGAAGACGAAACCCUACAAUUCCUUGAAGACUCUCUCUGCCCCUUCUACUUUCCCUCAAACAAAAACCUUAAACCCCCUAUUUUCUUCAAUCCUUUGAGUUCGUUUCUCAUUCUUUCGCCCCUGCCAUUGUUAACGUUUUCGCAGUUUGACAAUCACUCUUGAGCUCAGCCUUUUAUUUUUGUUUUUUUAUGGCGAAAAACUCGCAUCAAAACCAGAAGAACGGUGCUGAUAAUGAAAAUAGUGUUGCACCCAUAAAACUGAAACGGACUCGUAAAACUGCUCCCCGUCACUCUCCUCCCCAACGCAGCUCUACCUAUCGAGGUGUUACAAGGCACCGAUGGACAGGACGAUUCGAAGCUCAUUUGUGGGACAAGGAUUGCUGGAAUGAAUCGCAGAACAAAAAAGGAAGACAAGUAUAUUUAGGUGCUUAUGCCAAUGAAGAAGCCGCAGCACAUGCAUAUGACUUGGCUGCAUCAAAGUACUGGGGACAUGAUACUAUCCUCAAUUUCCCAUUAUCAACUUAUGAAAACGAGCUCAAGGAAAUGGAGUGUCAAUCCAAGGAAGAAUAUAUUGGAUCUUUGCGCAGGAAAAGCAGCGGGUUUGCUUGGGGAGUCUCGAAAUACAGAGGCGUAGCCAGGCACCACCACAAUGGAAGAUGGGAAGCUCGAAUUGGCAGAGUACUUGGCAACAAAUAUCUCUACCUUGGAACAUAUGCCACACAAGAAGCAGCAGCGACGGCAUAUGACAUGGCCGCCAUCGAAUACAGAGGACUCCAUGCUGUUACAAACUUUGACCUAAGUCGUUACGUUGAUUGUAUACGUUCAAUUCAUCGAAAUCAAUCGAAUGAUUCUGAAAAUCCUCAACAAGAUCUUAACCGCGAUGCAAAUUCUAGAUUAGGAUUUCUCAUCAAAUCUCAAACUUGCUGUAAAAGUGAUUGGCGAUCGAUUGGUAACAAUGGCAGUAGUAGAUCAGAAUCAUCUGCACUAGGCCAUUUGUUGCAAUCUUCGAAAUUUAAGGAAAUGUUGGAGAGGACCUCGGCAGCAGCGUGUCCAUCAACGCCACCGAAACCUAAUGUACCUCGUCGGAGUUUUCCAAACGACAUUCAAACAUACUUUGAUUAUCAAGAUUGUAGCAGCUAUACCAGGGAUGAUGAUAUUAUUUUUGGCGACUUAAAUUCAUUGACGAUACCGUUGUUUCAUUUUCAUUAUGAACUUGAUGGUUAG